AUGACGAAGGUUCUCCCAACCUCCACUAAUCAGUCGGUAGGAGUUCUGCGGGGGAUUGGCCGCACACGGGAGGAAGGCGGGAUUGAUUAUGAUGCCCUUGGAAAGAUCCAACUGGCUGUGCAGGUCCUCUACAUCACCUCCGCUGCGUUGGUGAAACUGUCGAUCCUUUUUUUGUACCGCCAGGUCUUUCAACACAUGCGAACCAUCAUCAACAUCACCAUCGCGGCGAUCGUGAUCAUCACCGUCGUCUUCACCUUCGUGGCCAUCUUCCAGUGCCACCCGAUCGGGAGGUUCUGGUUUGAGCCGAAGGCCGCACAGGGUGCAUGCAUAUCCCAUCUCAUCUUCUGGUGUGAUGUCGCGGUGGUCUUCCUUCUGAGUAAUAUCUGGAUCACAGCUUUGCCUAUCCGGGAUUCUCCUGCUGUUAUGCUCAACGGGCCUACUGACGUGUUCGACGGCAACGAUUCGCCUGGCCUACGUCGUCAAGCUCUACAGGGGCAACGAUCCGACGAGAGACAUAGUCCCGAUCUACUUCUGCUCCAUUGCGGAGAUAUGCGUUGCUCUGGUCUCUUUGAGUAUACCAUCUCUGCGUUUGGCCGCGCGGCGAAAAUGGACAAGCCCGGCCCCAUGCUGAUCCUCCGACUCGGCUGCAUCACUUCGAGAUAA